AUGGUAUUUUGGUCUGUAUUAGAAAGAAUGGGCAUGAAUAAACAGUUUCCUGGCAUUAUAAUUGAUAUAUAUACCAAAAUUACUGCAAGAGUGACGAUAUUAGCCGAAAUGACUGAUUCAUUUAGUAUUGAUAUUGGACAUUCGACAGAAUUACAUAUUAAAAUAAUAAAUAAUCAUAUUCAAGAGAGAAAGAAUUUGUUUUCGGAAGAAGAUGAAUUUCAAAAAGUAUUAGAAGGACGAUUUGCUUUCAUUACUGAAGAAUUUGCCAUGAAACAGGAAUUGAAGCAAUAUGAUGAUAAAGAAGUUCUCAUUUCUAGUGAUUCUGUUCAAACUUUUACAAUGGGAUAUGAUAAUACUAGUAAUGGAAAUUUAUGGAAAAUUGCAGGAGUACAAAUCGAUCGUAUUAUGAAAUUCGACGCAAAAGAAAAAAGAAUUAUUGAAGGAAUUAAUUUUAACCUCUUCAAAAUCUUACAAGAAGAACUAAAAUUUACUUCGUCAGAAGUUCAAGAAAUGAAGAGAUUCUUGUUGCACGUCUUCAUUUUUCUUAUUUAUAUGACAAAUGCCGAUGUAGUAUAUUACACCUAUUGUAAAAAUGAUCAAAGUUAUUGUAAAAAUAAUGGAAAGUGCAUUCCAAUUUCAUAUGUAUGCGACAAUGACUUUGACUGUACAGAUGGGUCUGACGAACGCGAUUGCCAAAUAAAAGGUUAUCGAAUCGAAGAUAUACCUGGAGUAAGAGAAAGUAGAAGAAACGGGCUUUCUUGGUUAAUUAAGCAACGAAGAUCAGACUGGGGUUGGGGAAAGGACACCAGUCGAGCCAUUGUCACACUUCGUCUCUCCGAUAGUCUGAAUUUCGAUCUAAAUGAAAGUCAAUUAAUGUUUAAGCAACUAAAACUUCAACUUUCCGGAACUUUACUCACAAAGGGCGUAGAAAAUAUCGAGGCAUACGAAAUAGCAUCGUACGUACAUUCGUUAUUGGCAAUUUGUUCUGAUCCGAGAAACUUUCAAGGGUUCGAUUUAGUGGAAUUAUUGAAAGAGAAAAUGGAAAAGUCAGAAUCAAUUAAUCCGAUGGUUGCAUUGGCAAUUUGUAAUUCAAAUCAAACUUUUCCGAUACGGCAAGUAAGAAAAUUAGAAGAAAUUACAUUAACGAAAAAGAAUUCACCAUACUUGACAGAUACUCGGGCGUAUGCUAUUAUGGCGUUGUGGUGUAUGAAAAACCGAACUAAGUCAUAUCAAAUAAACUUUUCCACGGAUGAAACUUUUAAGUAUAAUAGAAAGGUUCGAUCUUUUAGCGCAAUAAAAGAGCAAUUAACGACGUUACAGAAUGAAGACGGUAGCUUCGGAAAUUUGUACACAACUGCCAUUUUAAUGCACGCGCUAUUUUCCGUGGAUUUAAACGUCAGCAUCGCGAAAGACCGGAUUGUAAGGAAAGCCGUUGAUUAUAUCAUUUCGCAACAAAACCAAGAUGGAUCCUUCGGGGAUAGUUUGGCAACUUACUUAAUUCUUCCAAUACUGAAUAGAAAAACAUUUGUCGAUUUGGGAAAAUUAAAUUGCUCCAUGGUCGAACCACGCAACGUUACGAUGCAGGAAGAAAUCGAUUCUAAAAAAUUCCCGAAGCACCGUGUUAGCUAUUUUAUUUUCGUUGGACAAGACAAAGAUAUCAUUUCUAAUAUGUUGUUGAACGUUCCCGUUAAUUCAACGUUUUACGAUGUCAUGCGAUUAGCUUCAGAAUUAGAUAUUAAAUUUCGGUAA